GGCAGGAGUGGCUGGGAAGGGCCCAGGGAGUUAGAGGCUUCCUAAGCCAUACCUGGAAGAAGCUGGUGGUUGUAGAGGGUGGCCCGGGAAGCCUGAGCUGCACUACCAGGGCCUUUCUGUUGGGGCUCCCAGCUGCUGCCUCCAGGAGCCCCACCUAAGGUCUGGCCCCGCUCCCUGGCUAAGCUCCAGGUCCUGAGAUUGAAUUGGAGGCUGGAACUUCCUGGACAACUCACCCCUGCAGGCAAUGGGACCCAGGAUGGGGCCCACGGGUGAAGGACCCCAGAUGCCAGAGGACAGCAAGGUCACAGCAGACACUGACGCCACACCUGGAGGCAAAGCCAGCGUAGCCAAGCAGCCAAGUAUGCUGCACAGCAUCAAGUUCUUCGUCCUGUGCCACAGCCUGCUGCAGCUGGCCCAGCUCAUGAUCUCCGGCUAUCUCAAGAGCUCCAUUUCCACCGUGGAAAAGCGCUACGGCCUCUCCAGUCAGACCUCAGGGUUGCUGGCCGCCUUCAAUGAGGUGGGAAACGUAGGCCUGAUUGUGUUUGUGAGCUAUUUCGGCAGUCGAGUGCACCGGCCUCGCCUGAUCGGCUGCGGGGCUCUCCUCGUGGCCCUGGCGGGUCUGCUCAUGAGCCUCCCGCAGUUCAUCUCGGAGCCAUACCGCUACGACCACACCAGCCCUGAUCUGCCACAAGCCUCUGAGACGUCCCUGUGCCUGCCGGUGACCUCAGACCCCGCACCAGCCCACUCCAAUGGCAACUGCUCUAGCUACACAGAGACCCGGCAUCUGGCAGUGGUGGGGCUGAUGUUUGUGGCCCAGACCCUCCUCGGCGUGGGGGCUGUGCCCAUCCAGCCUUUCGGGAUCUCCUACAUCGAUGACUUCGCCCACAGCAACAACUCCCCCCUGUACCUAGGGAUCCUGUUUGCCGUGACCAUGUUGGGGCCAGGCCUGGCCUAUGGGCUGGGGGGCCUCAUGCUGCGCCUUUACGUGGACAUUAACCGGAUGCCAGAAGGUGGCAUCAGCCUGACUUCGAAGGACCCCCGCUGGGUGGGUGCCUGGUGGCUGGGCUUCCUCAUCUCUGCUGGCGCGGUGGCACUGGCUGCCACCCCCUACUUCUUCUUCCCCAGGGAGAUGCCCAAGGAGAAGCAUGAGCUUCGCUUCCGCUCGAGGAUCUUGUCCAUUAUCGCCUCACCUGCCAGCAAAGUAAGCUCCGCCCGCCACACCCUGGGCUCCAGCUCCCACCUUCUUGCCAGCUUUUGUAACCCUAACUUCAUCCCUCCUGGGCACGGGACCUCGUGCUCACCACGCCCCUCCAUGCCCGGGAUCAACUGCAUCAUCCUAACAGUCCUGCAAGUCUUCCCCAGGGUGCUGCUGCGGAAUCUGCGCCACCCCAUCUUCCUGCUGGUGGUCCUGGCCCAGGUGUGCCUGCUGUCCACGGUGGCGGGCAUGGCCACUUUCCUGCCCAAGUUCCUGGAGCGCCAGUUUUCCAUCACCGCCUCCUACGCCAACGUGCUCAUCGGAGGCCUCACCAUCCCCGCGGCCAUCAUAGGCGUGGUGGUGGGCGGGGUCCUCGUCAAGCGCCUGCACCUGGGCCCUAUGCGCAGUGCCACCCUCUGCCUGCUGGGGGCACUGCUGGGCCUCCUUUGCAGCCUGCCCCUCUUCUUCAUGGGCUGUUCUACUCACCAGAUCGCAGGCGUCACCCCUGGGCCUGGCACCCGGGCUGAGCGGGAGCUGUUUCCAGGCUGCGCUGAGCCCUGCUCCUCCCCUCUGUGCUUCUAUGUGGCCCUUGGGGCCUGGAGCCCUCUAAUGCUCACGUUGUGCGUGUUCUCACUUGCCAGGGGGGUGAAGAGAGAAGACAAGACGCUGGCUGUGGGCAUCCAGUUCAUGCUGCAGAGAGUGCUUGCCUGGAUGCUCAGCCCCGUGGUCCACGGCAGCACCAUCGACACCACCUGCGUGUAUUGGGCCCAGAGCUGCGGACGGCGAGCCGUCUGCCGAUACUACGACCACGACCUGCUCCGGACCCGGUUCAUCGGCCUCCAGUUCUUCUUCAAGGUGAGCUCCCUGGCCUGUUUCACCUUGGUCUUGGUCGUCCUGAGGCAGCAGCGCCCAGAGGCAGGCGCCAAGCUGAGCCUGCCCAAACCUGGCCGAGAACAGCAGCUGUUGGAGUCGGGGCCAGAGAAGAAGCCUGAAGACCCCAAAGUGUGAGCUGUCUGGGGACCCCACUCUGGCCGAGAGGGGCCGCCCCAGGACAGGGUGUCAGGAGUCCUUCCUGUGUUCUAAUCCUGGCUACUCUGCUAACUUGCUGUGUGACUUUAAUGAAGUCACCGACCCUCUCUGGGCCUUCAUUGCUCACCUAAACCAAGGCAUUAGUUGGGGAGUUUGCUCACAGCAAGAGGGACGUUCCCUUCAUUCCACCGUCAGCAGGCUUCCCCCGAGCCAGGGUGCCCUGGUGGAAGGACUAAACAUCUUUCCCUGAGGCCCAGGGAUGUGGACCACCGUAGUCCAGGCCGCCCUGCACGAUGGACCCUGCUGAGCUUGCCUGCUUGCCUGGAACAUCCUCUCUGAGCCUCAGCCACCUCCUCUGCUCAAUGGGAAUGGGCUUGCCAGCGUCCAGCCUUGUCCCAGCUGUGUGGUCAAGAUGAAUUCAGGUGUCACCGCUCCACCUGGAGGUGAGCCCAGGACCGCCUCCUUCCAGGUGUGUCCCUUUGGCGCCCCCUGGAGGCCGAGCCCUGCGCUGGGCUCUGAAAGUAGACUCGCUGGGAGGAUGGGAACUGGCCCUGCCCUGGGUGAGUCCAGGGAUGGCGGGGCCCUGGGGACCUGUUGUGCGGGAGCCCAAUCUAUUCUCAGUGGCCCUCCGCUCAGGGAGCCCAGGCUGAGGGUGUGGGUUGGGGGGGGUAGAACCCAGGUCCCAGACUCAGGGAGCCACAGAAUGAAGAUGAGGCCUUCAAGGGCCCUAGUCUAGGGAGGGAGACCCAGGCCCCACCCUUGGGUACUUCCCACCUUCAGUGACCAAGCACACACCCACUGGUACCCCCCAAAUGGUCAAGAUGGUACACACAUGACCGGGUACCUUCAAGUCUCUGCAGCCUCUCUUGUAGAUAAAAUCUUAGUGUCGCCAAUUCCUUCCCAACGUCUGCUGCAUUACCUGGGGUUGUGUAGAGAAUGUCUGCUUGUGUGGCACCCAUGGGUCUGGGGGAAACAUCUGGUUGUCUUUGGGGCUGGUUCUUUGUAACAGCCAGGUCCACAAUGCUGGGAGCAGUCAUGGUCAGUUCUGUAAUGAGCAGGUCUGCCCAUGCUUUGGACUAGGCAGCUCAGUCCUUAUCUACACCAGGACUGGUCUUGCUUUACACCCUGUUCUCGCUUGACGAAGGAGCCCUGGGGGCACAGUAGCUCUGCAGUUGGCUGUUAACCCAAAGGGCUGCAGCUUGAACCCCGAGCAGCUCUGCAGGAGAAAAAUGCAGCAGUCUGCUCCUGGAAAGCGUGCAGCUGCAGAAGCCCCAUAGAGCUGGUCUAGCCCGGAAAGCGUGCAGCUGCAGAAGCCCCAUAGAGCUGGUCUAGCCCGGAAAGCGUGCAGCUGCAGAAGCCCCAUAGAGCUGGUCUAGCCUGUCCUAUAGAGUCCCUAGGAAUGGGAACAGACUCCUGACCUGGCUAUUUCCUUACGAGGAAAAGAGAGCUUCUGGGUGCCGACACCCCACUCUGUUGCCACCACACUCCCCACCUGGGAGAUGCCCCCAUCUGAUCAGGAGGAGGCAGAAGCCAGGGGGCUGUCAGCAGGGCCUUCCCCAGCCCUGGACUGGGAGCCGGGGGCCAAGCUGGGGUCGGAGGGGCUGACAGUGGGGACACACAUGAUUGCCCUCAGAGCAAUGAACCCCCUUUUACGGGGGGUUGAAUGUUUGUUUCCCUUGUGAAAGAAGAAAGUACCCAAAUUCCGAUUCUCGAUUUUAAAAUACCAAUCGACACCUUUAAUAUUUUGCAGCAAUCCGGGCUAUGCGAGUAUUUAUCGGUGUCAAAAAUGUCAGCGUCCCCUCCAACCAGAUAAGGCCUUUAUUUAGUACCUGUAUAUUUUCUUGUGCUUCCCUCCGGUCUCCCAGGCUUUGCAGAAAUCAUCUGAAAUGGUAGAUAUCCUUGAUUAUUAAAUGUGUAUUUUGUCUUGUUUUAAAUAAUGAACUAAUUCUUCCAGCAGCCUGCCAGGGGCGCCCCCCCACCCGGGAGGGCAGACUGAGAUGGUGGUGCAGGCCCCCAGAGGGCGCCGCUGCCCAGUCCUGCCUUCUCUCUUAGGGGAUUCCAUUCGUUCUUGCAUAAACCGCUCCUGCUACAAAGACUCUGCCUUAGAAGCUGCGUUAGAGUUUGCAAGGGCCACAUCAUUUCUGGUUAUUUACAGUUGAGGUGUUCUACUGGAGGCGACUCACGGUGAUUUCUUGUUUGUUACCUCUUUCCGUAUCUUUAUAAUGGGGUCUGAUUUUCAUCCGACCGGGAUGUUCCCUGUAGUAGUGGUUUCAGAAAAGGAAUAAGGUCACAAGGCUCCCUCCCCCAUCCAGACUGCCCUGUCCCCUCCUUGCAGAAGAGGAAAUGGACCCAGAAAGGGUCAGUGAUGCCACAGAUCACACAGGCCACCGACUGUGGGCACAGCCAGGUUUCCAGCUGUGCGGACACCACCGUUCAUACAAUGGGGGGAGAGGCCUCGUUAAGGAAAAAGUACAACUGAAUUACAUGAGGGAGAGGAAACUUCCUUAGACUGAAAACAUCAGUAAAAGCACAUCGAAUAUGCCCCACAAUGUGGGGAAAUAAUAUCAUGGUUUUAUAAACUAGUGUAUUACCUUACAUAGCUUUUUAAAAAAUUGGGAUUUAAUACAUAUAUCAUUCCAUAUUUUCAUCACGUCAAGUAAAAUUGUA